CGAUAGAAGAAGUGAAGAACCAAUCGUGAGCACAAGAGUAGAUUGAGACCCACUCCUUGCUAUAUAAAACCCGAUUCCCCCUUUUACUGUAGGCUCUCUUUUUUUUUUUUCAUUUUCUGCUUUCUCAGAUUCUAAUAAUAAUCAGGAGGAUCUCUCUAAGGGAUUUUAUCUUCUGUUUUUGGUGAUGGCAUCGAAGCGGAUCUUGAAGGAGCUCAAGGAUCUCCAGAAGGAUCCUCCUACCUCUUGCAGCGCAGGCCCUGUUGCUGAAGACAUGUUCCAUUGGCAAGCAACAAUUAUGGGUCCUCCUGAUAGUCCAUAUGCAGGCGGAGUGUUUCUAGUCACAAUUCAUUUUCCUCCAGACUAUCCAUUUAAACCUCCUAAGGUUGCAUUCAGGACAAAGGUCUUUCACCCCAAUAUCAACAGCAAUGGUAGCAUUUGCCUUGAUAUUUUGAAGGAGCAGUGGAGCCCUGCCCUUACCAUAUCCAAGGUGUUGCUUUCGAUUUGUUCUCUGUUGACGGACCCAAAUCCUGAUGACCCCUUGGUGCCAGAGAUUGCCCACAUGUACAAGACGGAUAGGAGCAAAUACGAGGCAACCGCAAGGAGCUGGACCCAGAAGUAUGCUAUGGGUUAACUGUGCUGCCUUGUGUGUGAUAGGGAGGGCUUCUUUCCCUGUGUCUUUGGUCUUUAAGUUAAAUUAUGUAUGAACGAUGAAGUGUUACCUGUGGCUCUUAAAAGCGGACCAAAAGGGAGAGGUCUGAUUUAUGCCCUUCUGAAACACAUUUGCUACUUUAAUUGUUUGUAUGAAAAGUUAUGUUUAGAACUUCGGUAAA